AUGGCUCUCAGCUCCAGGGCGCACGCUUUCUCUGUGGAAGUUUUGGUCGGCAGUUCUGCAAAACAUAAACUCCGAGACCUGGAAGAGGAGCGCUCCGAGAAGGAAGCCGAGGGCACUGUCCGCAGAAGCCAGGCGCCAGAAAAGAAACGCAAAGGGGAAAUGCCGGCGGCGGCUUCUCUCUCCGAGGAAACCAGAGAGGCAGCUGGCGAGAUCCAGGUGGACUUGCAAGGGUCGGAACUCUGGAAGAGGUUUCACGAGAUCGGCACCGAGAUGAUCAUUACCAAAGCCGGGAGGAGGAUGUUUCCCUCGGUCAGAGUGAAAGUGAAAGGGCUGGACCCCCUGAAGCAGUAUUACAUCGCCAUCGACGUGGUCCCCGUGGACUCCAAAAGAUACAGGUACGUCUACCACAGUUCCCAGUGGAUGGUGGCUGGGAACACGGACCACUCCUGCAUCACUCCCCGCCUCUACAUCCACCCGGAUUCUCCUUGCUCCGGAGAGACCUGGAUGCGGCAGAUCAUCAGCUUCGAUCGGGUGAAACUGACCAACAAUGAGAUGGACGACAAAGGGCAUAUCAUUCUCCAGUCCAUGCACAAAUACAAGCCCAGAGUCCAUGUCAUUGUCCAGGAUUCCCGAUUUGAUCUUUCCCAGAUCCAGUCUCUGCCAGCAGCAGGAGUCCAGACCUUCUCCUUCAAAGAAACUGAAUUCACAACUGUCACAGCUUAUCAGAACCAGCAGAUUACUAAACUGAAAAUAGACCGGAAUCCCUUUGCUAAAGGAUUUAGAGACCCUGGAAGAAACAGAGGAGUAUUGGACGGACUUCUGGAAUCAUAUCCGUGGCGACCAUCGCUUACUCUGGAUUUUAAGCCUUUUGGUGCAGAAACUCAGGGCAGAAGUCCUGGCUCGUCCCCUGUGACCCCCAACGGGGGGACCCCCUCUCCACUCAACGCCCUCCUUUCCCCAUCUUGUUCUCCUCCAACAUUCCACCUGUCGGCAUCCAACCUUGGAGUCACCUGCCCGGACGCUUACCUCCACCAUCUCAGUCUUCCCAUCUGCUACAAGCUUUGUCCCACCGGCCUCCUGAGGCCGCCCUCGUUGAUGUUCCCGAGCCACGAGAAACUGGGGAGUGCCACUAGCCCUCACCUUUUGCCUCACUUCAUGGUGGAGAUGCCCACCCUCUCCUCCCUGAGCAUUGCUAGCGUCAAACAUGGGAAAGUGGACGACUUGAAUGGACAGAACCUGCAGAGACCCAGCUCUGCUGGCCAUAUGUUAUACGGCUUGCACGCAUCUGGAAAUAUUUUCCCAUCCGGCCCCAUUACCCGGGAUGCCCUUAAUUGUGCUCUGCAUCCUCCCUAUGGUUUCUAUGGCUAUAACUUGUCUGUGCCUUCGAGACUGAUGAACACGGCAGGCCAUUUCAAAGCAAACGACAGCAUUCCGUCCCCGAUCCGAGAAAGCAGGUGCCACCACCCACAUUGGCCUUCUACAAUGAACCACUGCCUCUGAUGGGACUCCUAACCCUUCGAAAACCAUGAUGUAUAAAAGCCUACGCACAUCCUCUCUUUGAUUCGUCCCCCAAGACUGAUGGAUUGUUGACCCUGGAUCUCUUCACAACAUGAGGGUUGCCUGUCUCAUUGACCUGGGGGGUCACUUUUGUCCAAUAAUUGCACAGAAUGCAGAGGACCGCAGAACCGCCCAAAGCAGAAAGGCUUUGUGUGUGUGUCACCGCUGCUAAUUUAUUCUGUUGUUUUCAGGACUCGAGUUCCUAGUCAAUCUCUCCUUUUGAUAUUUGCACUUUGCAACAGAACUUAAGCAUCUCAAGAUUACUGAAAUGUAAAGCGAUCUGAAUAUUAUUCUUGUGAGACUCUGUAUCCCUCUCUUUCCUCUAAAGUUUUCUUUAGAGACCUUUUGCAUACCUAAAUGGAUGCCACUGAUCUUUGAGAGGACUAUGUCCUGUCCCUA